CCACUUCUGUCCGACAUCGUGGUGGGUAUACCCAGCGGCUUCUACUAAUUUUUUCAUGUACCCACUUGUGUCUAUUUUUUGACCCACUUUUGUCCAAAUUGUACCCACUUUUGUCCACUUACGGACAGCGGAAACCGAGCGGAAAUCGACCUCCACGUCACCGCACGGCAGAACAUCGAAUAGCCUCGGAACGUCUCAGAACCUCCCAACACCGUUUCCAUGGCAUCUUUCGUAUCCUGGCUGCCGACUGCGGACCGACCGCGGAGGAACAUGUCAGAAACAUGCCAGACCCCUUCGGUACAGGCACGGGAAAAUAUACGAUACCCGGCACAGCUUGCCGGCGGUACCUUCCCGACGGGAAGAUACUGCCGGCAAGCCCCGCCGCCGGCAAGCACGGCAUAAUGCGUGACACACAACGGACAACAAAACCAACGGGUCGCGCAUACAGAACAAAAAGACGCGCAUCCAUACAGCAACACCACCACACACGCACACAACACACGACGAGUGCACACCGACUCGCGAGGGCAGCAGUAGCAUGUCGAGGCAGUUUGCCCUGCAGGGCGCCGGCGCAGGGCCAAGCGCGGGCGCACCUCCGUCAACUGCUGGCGGCGCCAUGAGAUACGGUCAGAUUUUUUCGUCAUCUCGGGAGUUCAAACGGGCGAUUGAGCGGUGCAUGAUCUCGACGUCUCGGCAGUGCCGCCUCGACAAGAGGGUUAGUGGCGGUCGGGGCAAGCUCCACCGCUGCACUGGAGCAGUGAUCAACGGGAAGGCGACAUCCGGCUGCCCGGUACUUGCCCGGGCGUGCAAGCUUCACGAUGGCACCUGGAAGGUGACGGAGGUCGUCCUGGAUCAUGUGGCGUGCACAGGCCAGGCCGGGAACAAGAAGCAGCGCAUCAACCGCCGCUGUGUGGAGGAGGAAGCGGCGGCGCUUGUGAGCUCCAACCGUAGCAUCACCUGUCCGGCACUCGCGAAGACUCUAAAGGCUACCUCCGGCGUGGACAUUAGCGAGAGGACCGCUGGCCGGAUGCGCGCGGACAUCCUUGGGAAGGGCAAGGACACGAUCGCGAAGGAGUACCAAUUACUCCAGAGCUAUUGCGAUCUUUUGGGAAGGGACAACGGCAACGUUGUCGAAUGCAAAUGGGACAACGCAGGCAACUUCGAAAGCCUGUUCGUGAUGCUCGGCGCGGCGGCGCGGCAGGCAACUGCCGGCGUUCAGCAGGUUUUCGCGAUGGAUGCUGCAGCCUUCCACGACGUGUGGAACGGCCAGUUCGGGGCCAUCUCCUUCAAGGACGCCAACAACAAGAUCAUCCACGUCGCCACCAUGGUUCAAGCCAAGGAGAAUGCAGCCAUGUACACCGAACUCCUCACCAGGGCGAUGCAGUUCCCCGAGCUGAAGACCAUCCUCAACAACGUCAACACGACGUGCUUCACCGACAAGCACAAGGGUUCGGACGCCGCCGUUCCGAAGAUCUGCCCGCUGACAGAACACCGCCGUUGCGUGGAGCACCUCACCAGGACUGUAGGGUGCAUCGGACCGAAAGGGAGGUACCACGUGUACCAGGCGGCGCAGGCGGCAACCAAGGCUCUCUUCGACCACCACAUGAACGAGGUAGAGAAGUUGAACCCGAAGGCAUUCAUCGAGCUCAACAAGCGUGAGCACAACACAUGGGCGAACUACGCGUGCAGGAAGAACGUCAUCUGGGAGCAGUCGGGGUCCAACAUGGCCGAGUCGGUCAACAGUCUCGUCGGGAAAGAGACAAGAUCGAAGUCGGUGUUGGGAUUUGUGCACGACAUCGUCCUACAGACGGCGAGGAGGCUGGACGAGGCGGCCAAGACCAAGAUCGGCGACCACAACGCUCUCGUGACGCCAUUUGCGACGAAGACCUGGGAAGCGGAGUUCGUCCUGGCAGACAGCCUUUCGGUGAGCCCUGUGGGGGGAGACCAGUACAUGGUGUACCCCCAGCAGAACUCGUUCCUCAGCAACCGAGUGAACCUGACUUGGGGCGACGACGCUGAUGGACACCACUACGACUGCACCUGCGACUUUUGCCCGAGGUUCAAGAUCCCCUGCCGCCACGUCAUCGCGGUUGCAAAAUCGACCGAGACCGCUAACCGAGGGUUAGAGCUGAUCUCCAAGGGGUACUCCCUCGCAACGUACCGCGCGGCCGCGAACGAUUCGAGGUACCGCAUCAUCCCGCCCGUGUGGGACGACCUCACGGUCAACCCCCAGCACCGCCCACCGCUGGAGGUCGAAGGGGCGGCAGGUCGGCCGAAGUCAGGACCACGCAAGAAAAAGCGCAUCCAGUCCAACGGCGAGAUGAACACGUCAUCGCGAUCUUACGCCAUCUACAACGCCAACGCCAGGGCAAACGGCGGUGUUGGGGUCAUGCCCACGGGUGGGGGUGCAGCCGGCGGAGGAUCCAACACAGUGGACCUGUCGCAAGGGGCGUCGCAGGGUGCACCCUAGAUGCAACACGCAUAGACAUUCGUGCAGGAGGACUGUAGGGCGGAGGCUUGUCACGUGGUUGGUUAGGGCUCCCUUUCGUUGCCCUGUUCAGUGUGUUGCGCGACACUACGCUUGGUUCAGCACUUUUGCAUUCUCGGCAUUGCUGGGUUUUCGCGAGUGCAGUGGACUACUGCUGUAGCAACGACAUUUACAACGAAAUUGGGAUCUCUUCUUACCAACGGUUUCUCGUGUUUUUUUUUCUGGACUCAAGCGCAUGUACUAGAGGUUGACUCGUCAUGGGGUGUGGUUCUCGUGUUAGUUUGUCUAGACCCAAGCGCAUGUCCAAGAGGUUGGCUUGUCAUGGGGUGUGGUACUGUAUGGCCUCCUCUACACGACAUUUCUCUGUCGUGUGGCCCACACAAAAGGGCUGUGACGACGACGACCAUAAUGUUUGCAUGUUUGCAUUGGCGUUGUCGAGUAAGUUAGGCCGCCUUGACCUGGUGCUUGCCAACUACGGAGGAGUGUGGAGUUUUCGCCCUGAACGUGACCCUUCCCUGCGCGUUUUGCAUCAUGUUUUCCGGGUAGAUGGCGUCUGAAAGCAUUUUUUGACACGGGUUGACGAGUGUUUCGUUGUUCUGAUCUCUGGUGAUCAAAUGUAACAACAUUGAUGUGGCGGUGCUGCCGUUGCCGAGGUUUCUGUCCCUCGGUACUGGGUAAUCUGGUGGAAUCUGGUGGAAUUGGAACACUAUUGACGUUGCUGCUGUCCGAAGCAUGCGUCGAUACAAAUAGUGCAUACUUUUUAUGCGCUGCACACCUGCUUUCUGGCAUCCUUCUGAAAAAAGCACACCGAGCAAGUGCCCAAGGUAUUACCGAACAAGCAUUUUUCUUAAUGGAAUCGACGGCAAUCGCCUGUUCGAAAGAGACGGUGGAAAAGAAGAGCGAUUAAAAGACACACAUAAAUGAGCGUACACGUCUCGAAAAAAAUAAUGGGAUUUCGCAUGUAGCAUUAUGCAAGUACACUCCUCGCAUGUACCGGUGCUGUACAUGCGGAAACUACUCUCGUCUUCACAGGAAAACGGGGCUGAACCAUGACGGUGCUAAUAUUGUCCAAGUUGAUGUGUUACGUGCCCCGUUUAUUACCCAACCCCCCCCCCCGUACAACGGCAGAACCAUGUCGUCUUGAAGGACAUAGGCUACUCUAUCUAUCUGUAAUAGAUGCGUUUAUUUGCGUAGAAGUUGUAUGCAAUAGGGCCUAUGCAAUACUACAUUGUAUGUAUGGGAAUAUGCGGCCUACAGGCACACAUUCGAUUCCUCCUGCUGUACCAUGAACUAUGUACUUCGAGUGCAUGCAUUUCGAAACUAGUGAAACUAUGUGUGUGUCCCAACUUCAUGUACUCCGGAGUACACAAAAAACUAUGUGUGUGUGUGCCAGCUAAUAUGAUGUGUCUCCGGAGUACGCGAUGUGCUGCCAAUCUAUGCAUAUGUCUUCGUUCCUUUGAUGUAGCGAACGUAGCGUAGCGAACGGUAUCCGUCUUGUCUUGUUCGGUUUUGAUCGGUUUUGAUUUUAGGGGAAGUCGGCCCGAAUUUUCCCUUGUAUCCUUCGUAUACAUACCCGUAUUCGGUAUACUAUGCCUCGACAUGCUACUGCUGCCCUCGCGAAUCGGUGUGCACUCGUCGUGUGUUGUGUGCGUGUGUGGUGGUGUUGCUGUAUGGAUGCGCGUCUUUUUGUUCUGUAUGCGCGACCCGUUGGUUUUGUUGUCCGUUGUGUGUCACGCAUUAUGCCGUGCUUGCCGGCGGCGGGGCUUGCCGGCAGUAUCUUCCCGUCGGGAAGGUACCGCCGGCAAGCUGUGCCGGGUAUCGUAUAUUUUCCCGUGCCUGUACCGAAGGGGUCUGGCAUGUUUCUGACAUGUUCCUCCGCGGUCGGUCCGCAGUCGGCAGCCAGGAUACGAAAGAUGCCAUGGAAACGGUGUUGGGAGGUUCUGAGACGUUCCGAGGCUAUUCGAUGUUCUGCCGUGCGGUGACGUGGAGGUCGAUUUCCGCUCGGUUUCCGCUGUCCGUAAGUGGACAAAAGUGGGUACAAUUUGGACAAAAGUGGGUCAAAAAAUAGACACAAGUGGGUACAUGAAAAAAUUAGUAGAAGCCGCUGGGUAUACCCACCACGAUGUCGGACAGAAGUGGGCACU